GGAUACUAUACCUCAGUCUGCAGCAACAUUUUCUCACUAAGUCAGUCAUACUGAACUCCCAGGCAUUCGUGGCUAUACACGGUCCAUUGUGAUGGCAACAGAAGCAUUUCUCCAGCAGCUGAUGACAAAUCCUGACAGACUAAACAGUUUAGCAGAGGACGCAAAAGAACUGGCUCUUUUUCAUGGCAUUAUUACACGCACACAUGAGACCCCCAAUUCAUCUGAGGUUGUGACCUACUUCCCGGUCACACUCUUUCCCACUCCUGUGCCCAAAGCUGCCUUCCUCCAGGCUCUGGCAGUGCAAACUCACUACAACACACUGGUAGACAAGAUUAGCCAGGACCCAGACUUUCUGGAAGAGGCUCUCACAGGUACUAUCCAGGCAGAUGAUUUCACCGCUAGGUUGUUUGGCAUAUACAGACAAGUGCAACAGGAAGGUCGAGCACAGUCCAUUGUGGUGGGUUUGAAUCGGUCUGACUACAUGCUGGAUCAAAGGGACGAUGGAACUGUUUCCCUGAAGCAAAUAGAAAUCAACACUAUUUCUGCUGCUGGAUUUGGGACCACUGACCAUCUUCCUGUGGUGCACAGGCACACUCUGAAGUCAGUUGGACUUCUGAAAGAGAGUGAGUCUAUUCCAGAUACAAACAGUAUUACUCCUGGAAUGAGUGCUGCUCUUGCCAAGGGCUGGGAGCUGUACGGUCAACCAAAGGCAGUAAUCCUGUUUCUGGUUGAGGAUGUCCAGAUAAGCAGACUCACUCAUCUUUGCAUGGAGAAAGAGCUGUGGAACAGGAAUAUUCCUGUUAUCCGCAGAAGGUUUGAGGAGGUGUCCAGAAGAGCAUCUCUGGGUGAUGACAAAAAACUGUUUAUUGAUGGGCUGGAGGUAGCUGUUGUGUACUUCCGCUAUGGCUACAUGCCGGACAACUACACAGAAGAGACUUGGGAUGCUCGUCUUCUGAUGGAGCGCUCUCUGGCUGUGAAAUGUCCAGAUAUCAGCACUCACCUAGCUGGAACCAAGAAGGUCCAGCAGGUGCUUGCGAAACCUGGAGUUCUGGAGAAGUUCUUUCCCGGCCAGCCCCAAAUAGUGGAGCAGAUCAGAGCAACGUUCACUGGCCUCUACACUCUAGACAUGGGUCCAGAAGGUGACCAGGCAGUGGCCAUGGCUUUGGCCAUCCCGGAUAAGUUUGUCCUGAAGCCUCAGAGAGAAGGAGGAGGGAACAAUUAUUUUGGAGAAGACAUUGUCCGAGUACUACAGGAGGUCAAAAGUGAGAAAAGGAGAGCUGCUUAUAUUCUGAUGGACAGGAUCAGACCAAGAACAGACCUGAACGUCCUGCUGAGGAGAGGACUUCCACUAAAAAUCACCUCUGUUUGCUGUGAAUUAGGAAUCUGUGGGGCCUAUGUGAGGCACGGUGAAGAAAUGGUCCUCAAUGAGGUUCCUGGUCACAUUUUGAGGACAAAGAGCAUUGAGCACAAUGAUGCAGGCAUAUUGGCUGGAGUCUCUGUGUCUGACAAUCCACUCAUCAGCUGAAGGCUACUUGUGGCAAAUCUGGUGGCCCUGAGAAUUCAAUGCACUUCAACAUAAGAACGCAUGCAAAUAGACAGAACAUAGAAUAAUAAAGAAAACAUCUUCAUUCGACAACAGAAAGCGUUGUGUUUUG